AUGCUUGGACUGUUGACGAAUUUGCCAUUGGCAAUCACACAAGCCGCAGCUUAUAUGAACAUGCUUGACAUAUCUGUUGAAGAGUACCUCAUACUAUCUCGUCAAGAAAUGAUGGAUUUGAUGCGCAACCGGCAUGAAGACGAUAACUUUCACGACGAGAGUCAAUACGCGGUCGCCACGACGUGGCUUAUUUCCUUUAAGCAACUGGAGAAGCAGAGUUCCGCUGCGACACGACUGCUUCGUUUCAUGAUAUGGAUACAACCGCAGGCAAUUCCUAUGUCAAUAUUGCCUGAUGUAGGAUCUGAAGGAAAUCUCAUCAAGGCAAUUGGGCUGCUCAAGAGUUAUGGGUUUGUUAGAGCCAGACCAGAACGCGGGAUGUUUGACAUCCAUAGCCUAGUGCAUAUGGUUAUGCGAUCAUGGACAGUUGAGCAAGGUAUUGAUGACGAAAUAAAGACGGAUGCAAUAAAUCAUCUGAGUGGCAUUUUUCAAUCUGAUGACUGGGAUGUUCGGGAAACCUGGCGAGCUCAACUGCCUCAUAUACUUCAUAUAUUAAAUAAUUUUCGGGAAACAGAUCCUUCCACGGUGUUAGAGUUAGGCUACUGGGCGGGAAGAUGUUUAUAUAAAGAUGGCCAGAUCAAAGAAGCGGUGGCGUUGCUAGAGCAUGUUGUCAAGAUUGAAGAGACAACGCUAGCCGAAGACCAUCCCUCACGACUAUCAUCGCAACAUGUACUUGCAGGAGCAUACAAGAGUAAUGGCCAGAUCAAAGAAGCGGUUACAUUACUAGAGCAUAUUGUUAAGAUUCAAGAGACAACGCUAGCUGAAGACCAUCCCGACCGACUAUCAUCGCAACAUGAACUUGCAGGAGCAUACGAGAGCAAUGGCCAGAUCAUAGAAGCGGUGGCGUUACUAGAGCAUGUUGUCCAGAUUCGGGAGACAACGCUAGCCGAAGACCAUCCCUCACGGCUAGCAUCGCAACAUGUACUUGCAAGAGCAUACGAGAGCAAUAGCCAGAUCAAAGAAGCGGUGGCGUUGCUAGAGCAUGUUGUCAAGAUUCAAGAGACAACGCUAGCCGAAGACCAUCCCUCACGACUAGCAUCGCAACAUGAACUUGCAAGAGCAUACGAGAGUAAUGGCCAGAUCAAAGAAGCGGUCACAUUACUAGAGCAUAUUGUCAAAAUUCAAGAGAUAACGCUAGCCGAAGACCAUCCUAAUGGUAUUCGCUCAGAGACGCAUCUCUCAGACGUUCUUGACCAAGUUUAUGCCUAA